AUGGAGAAGCAAGCUCAUCAGGGUCAGCCGAAUGCCCCAAGCAGGCGUAGGCCCAGUAAGUCGAAGACUCAUUCCCAGCAAGAUACUGCCUCCCCUGAGUCAGGGCUUCAAGCCACAAACGAUCUCCCCUCAACCUUCGCAAAGGCUCGUGCUUUCAGAAAGAGAAGACCAAAACAGACAGACUCUCCUAAGACUCAGCUUGACAACCACCGUCCGGCUCCAAAUCCAACGGACGGGCAGAUCACUAUUCACUCCACAACACACAACCUCGGAGCAUCACAAGAUGACUCAGAGAGACUGAAUAACGCCGAGUCCUCAAAAUCCCCUGCUUGCUUAGUUUUGAGAAUUCAGGGACCUUCUAUUCCCAGUUCUGAAGCCCUGCACCAGAGACAAAGUGCAAGAGAGGAAGAUAAGGAGGCCUCAGGCAGUUACAGAACCCGCUCGCGCUUUGACUGGCGACCUAAGAAAUUCCAUAGCAGAGCACCAGCUUCCACCCACCUCUCGCACCAGCCUCACACCCCACAGAAGAGAUCAAAAUUGAGUCAAGUUAUCAACGCUAAUCCAGCUCGGAUAUCACUUCCUUCACAAGGAAAUACAAAUAUGGAUCAAGCAGGAGACCGUCCAAACAAAACUGACAGCAAUGGAUCCGACGAAGUCGUCAUGCAUCGAGGGGCCAAUUUCAAAGGUCGCAAUCAAAGACAGCUUCGGGGUGGAAGCGCACGUCUGAACAGCGGUUCCCGAUAUAGGGCUAGUUCAGGAACAACACAGCAAGUACCGAGGCAGAAUCCCAAUGGGAUAUCAAACAGACCUGCUGCGUUGGAAAAUCACACUCCCCAGGACGAUGUUGGCUGCCAGAUCAAAAUUUCGUCCGGCGUGCAAAAGACCGCAAACAAGGCUCCAUCUCAAGAGGCUCUAGAUGAGUUAAAGCGCCUUCAAGAAGAGAUUGUUUUGCAAGCCCAUCUCAAUCGCUACAGAGACCAUGAAGAUGACACAGCAAAUCCAGAGAGCCUUGCGAAAUGCAGGGACGGGCCAGGAACCGAUCCAAAAUCAGAUGUCUACAAGAGAAUCGCAAGGUGUAGACUUGCAACCAAUCAAAAUGAAAUUUCUUCCAACCCAAGGUCUAUCCCAGAGGACGAGUUUGAAGGGGACCUGGAUGAUAGAUACUUCGUUGAUGAAAUCAGGUCUCACGUCCAGAAAUUUUACGCUGCCAGACUUGACGCUCAGUGCGAAUCUUAUCAUAACAGCAUGUCCGUGUAUCCGGCCAUCGUUGACGGCCAGGUCUUUCUUUCUCGCUACCCAAGUGCGGAGCAUGAACGGCUUCAGGUAACUCCAUCGAAUGCUGAGCGCCAGACUGGCAAUCAGGAUGACGGACAUACACCAGAGAACUGCUCUAAGAUUAAGUGGGAGGAUAGGUGGGAAAUGCGUCCUCGUGCUUGCUCUACCUAUGAAGGCUUUCGUGAUUGGUUCCGUCAUUGGCUGGAGAUGGAGACAGGCGAUAGCUGCAACAUUGACAUCCACCACCAAGCCUUUUUUGAUGGAACUGCGCAUAUGGAUGGGAUCGAAUCUUUGUAUAUUCUUGACUUGGGAGACGUUCCGACUCGUUUGGACAUGACUAAUGAAGCGACACGUCUCCAUUAUCAUGAAACCGCCGAAGGCUACUGCUAUAACCUCGCAUUGCAUAUCAAAGCAGCAGAAGAGGAGGCGAGGACGCGCAGGAAACAAGCUCGAGAUGCCUUCAUAGAAGGUCUGAAGGUCUGUUCUCCAAAAGAUCCAAACAGUCCUAGAGCAAAUGUCUAUCUUCGCUGUGUUGAAGACGGUGACGUACCAGGACUGCUCAUGAUCUUGAAUUGGUAUAGCCAAAAGUCAAACCUGAGUUCAAGCUUAGGAACACUUGACGAACAAGAUGUGCGCCAACGAAUUGAGGAUAGCAGACGUGCAAAAUUGCCAUUUAUUGUGGCUGCAGAGCGCAGACGCGGACCAUCCGCCGACGACUCCCCAGAAAAGAUCCUCGGAUAUGCUUUGGCUACAGAUUCCUUGGGGCUUGAGACCACGGGACGGUACACAGUGGAGCUAGAGAUCUUCAUCAAGCCGGACCAUAAACGCCGAGGCAUCGGAAAAUGUCUCUUGGACAAACUCAUCGAAGUGUGUGACGCUACUUACGUUCCCAAAAGGGGGUUCUUUUACGAUGCCGGUUGCGAUGACAAGACUGGCCUUUACCCAGGCGGUUCCCGAACUCUCAAACGCCUUGGCUUUACCAUCAGCUAUUCGGUUUCUGAGCGAUCCCAGAUCAAGUGGCUCAUCGACUGGCUUGAAAGGGAUUACCACUUUGAACAGCAAGGCGUGCUCAAGGGAGCUCGAGUCAAGUUCGAGCGAUUCCUCGAUGUCAGCUACCUUAUUCGCAAAGCUGGUUACGACGAUGGUGAUGCGUUUCAUGCUUGA